AUGCUCACGGACACUACGGUAGUUGAUCUUGGGUACUUGGUCGCUAAGGCCACUUGCAACCAACUUCCUUCACUGCAGCAGCUCGCCGUGCGGUACCAUUUCGGCAUCCAAGGUGACUGGCUCGGCUGCAAAACCGUCAUCAUGUGCGACGGCGUGCCCGUGGCCAAGAUGCCAAAAGGAUACGCACUCACGCUUGAGCAGCGUGGAUCUAUCGUGGCCUUUCGCAAGGCCAAACUCACCAUUCCCCGCAUUGCCGACGAGGUUGGUGUGUGUCCAAAGGAGCUGUUUGCAGCUACCUAA